AACACGUGAAGUAACGGAAUAACUCCUACAUAAAAACGAUUCUCACGUUGUGAAGGUCUGUUUACUAUUUCCCUCGCACACCGCUGGCGCUACAGGACAGACAACGACAUCUGGUUUUACAGUACCUGGAGCUGAUCUCCAGGCUAGAAAUUUAAUGGGUGAGGCGGCACUGCACAUUGAUUCUCGCUCUCAUUCCCUGGAAACUUUUAAGUUUCUGCAGCAGUCAAGUAUUCCAACUGACUCUCAGGACCUCCAAGGAAAAACUGUUCUUCAUCAUGCUGCUGAACGUGGGGAUGCUGAAAUGGUGAAAUAUCUACUAGAUCAGAAAUGUCUCCCUGUUGACUGCAGAGACAAGUAUGGUCAAACUCCAUUAAUGUUAACAGCAGAAUUUCCAAGAAGUGAGCAAGAUCCUGUGAAACAUUGGGAAUGGAUUGACCAUACAGAUUAUGUCAGUAAGGCUCUCAAGCUUAUUGUAGGUGCUGGGGCAGACCCUACAGCAAAAGAUGUUGUUGGUAGAACAGCACUCCACAGAGCGCUUGGAUGUAAGCAGAAUUUCCAGUACCUUCAGAAAAUACAUCCCAAUUUCAAGGAUGGUCUUGAUAAAAAGGGGCAACCAGCCAUAAUGAGAGCCAUUUCUGCAUUUCAACACCACUAUGAUAUGCCCCAGGUGAUAAAACUUAUAGUGCAGGGAGGUGCAGAUGUCAAUUUACGUGACCGAGAUGGAAAGACAGCUUUGUGCCUGGCAAUAGAGAAAGGUGCUUUCUGGGCAUUGAAGGAACUAAUAGAGGGUGGAGUCACUUUAUCAUCUUGCACAAAGGAUGAGCUUACAGAUAUUCUCCACAUGGCUGUGUGGUACCAUCAAGAUGAGUUAGUCACAAGAUUGAUUGCUGCUGGAGCAGAUGUCAAUAGCAAAGAAAGAGGGGAAGCUGAGAAGUCAACAUUACAAGGGCACACAGCUCGAUGUUUGGAAAGCAGUGUAUUGUCAUAUAGAGGAGAAGGUUGGAUUGAUACAGAAUUUUCUGGCAAUUCCCCACUGUUCAAAUCUCUUGAGUCAGAGAAGAUUGUCACUCAUUUGAUUGCUGCUGGUGCAGAUGUGAAUUUCAAGGAUGACAACAGCUGUACACCACUGCUUGCAGCUAUUCAUAAGGAGCAUUUGAAGUCACUGGACCUUUUGCUGAAGGCUGGUGCUGAUCGAAAUUCAGUGGAUAACUGUGGUGUGACAGCUCUCCACUUGGCCGCCAGCUGUCGAAAGGUACCACCUCAAGUCAUAGCAUUUGCUAAAGAACAGAUUGAACAAGGUAUGAGACUAGACAUUAUGGAUCAUCAGGGCAGGACACCUCUUCAUUAUGCUGCACUGACUGGAAAUCACGGAGUUAUGAAACUCCUCAUCAGUUUGGGAGCCAAUGUAAAUGCUGUAGAUGUCUCUGGUAAGACUCCCAUUGCCAUGCCAGCCAUACAUUCACUUAAGGUGAAACAGUUACUGAUUAAUGCUGGAGCUGACUUAACAGUAAGAGAUAAACAUGGCAAGACAGCCUUACAUACAUCAUUUGAGAUUGAUAAUAUUGAAAUCACUAAGUUUCUCAUGAAGAAGCAUAAACAAGAGAUUGGUUGUGAUAAUAAUGGUAAUAAUAUCCUGCAUUGUGCAGUCAGAGCUCGAAGAGAUGCACUUGACAAAGUGAAGUAUAUAUUGAAUAAAAAACUUACUACAAUUGAAGAAAAGAAUGAAAACGGAGAGACAGCUCUUAUGUGUGCUGUACAGUUGCCUCCAUUUCACACAGAAAAACAGACUCUUGUUCAAAUACUAUUGGCAUCAGGUGCUAGCCCCAAUGCUAAAGACUCGCAAGGGAAGACUCCUCUCCAUAUUGCAGCUGCAGAGGGAGAUGCAAAGACAGUGGAUGCUCUGAUUGCUGCUGGAGCAGAUGUAACAGAGAGGGAUUUAAAUGGUCAGAUGCCUCUGCACUGGGCAGCUCAGUCCCACCGUGCUGAGGCCGUGAAAUUACUGCUGAAUGAGAGCAAUGAGCAACAUGAAAUGGGGAUCAAUCAACAGGACAAUGGUGGGCAGACCCCAUUGAUGCUUGCUGUCAAAGAAAAACAGUCUGUAAAGUUAUUGCUAAAAGAAGGUGCCAAUGUUAAUAUGCAGGAUCAUGCUGGAAGUACAGCGCUCCAAGCAGCAAUUGAGUGCAAAAAUUUUGAUGCAAUGAAGCUACUGCUGGUUGCAGGAGCAGAUUUCUUACCCGCUCAGAGGGAGUAUCAUGUUAGAGCAAUCCAUUUGGCUGUUGCAGCAGGGGAUACUAAGAUACUGGAGCACCUGAUUUCAAUGGGAAUGGACCUUUUAGACUGCUGGUGGGACCCUGAACACAAGACAACUCUGCUACAUGUUGCAGCUGAAACCAGUGUGGAAAUGUUGAAGCAGCAAGAUCCUGUGAGACAUGGGGAAUGGAUUGACCAUACAGAUUAUGUCAAUAAGAUAAAGUCAGAGAAAACAUCGCCCAGGCAGCUGCGACACUUAGAUUAUAUCAGCCAGUUCACGACCAGCAUUGUGUAUGUGGAAGGGAAGCUAAAUGUUCCAGCUGAUGCGCUUUCUCGCAUAGAAGUGUCCACAGUAGCAGAUGACAUCGCACAGGUGGAAGCAGUGACAAAUGCCAUUGAUUACGACGCCCUCGCGCAUGCACAACAAUGUGAUUGUGAGUUGCGUGAUGUAUUGCAACAAGAGAUAGGAUUGAAGCUACAGCUCGUGACAUUUCCUGAAGCAAGCAUUGAGUUGUACUGUGACGUAGCAAGAGGAAAGAUACGUCCAUUUGUGCCAGAGCAAUUCAGAACACAGGCAGUUGCAUCAAUGCACAAUCUGUCACACCCAUGA